AUGUCAGCCACCGGAAGCAGCACCAUCCAUACGGCAGCAUGCCUAAUCAUUGGCGAUGAAGUGCUGGGCGGAAAGACUGUUGAUACAAACUCGGCAUACAUGGCAAAAUGGUGCUUUUCUCUCGGCAUCAACCUGAAACGUGUCGAGGUCAUCGAAGACGAUGAGAGCGAUAUCAUGGAGGCCGUGCGCCGAAUGAGCAACCGCUAUGAUUUUAUCAUCACUAGUGGCGGCAUUGGCCCAACGCACGACGACAUCACUUACCCGUCCAUCGCCAAGGCCUUCAACCUCCCCCUCAAGCUCCACCAAGAAGCCUACGAGAAGAUGAAGAAGCUCUCAAAACCGCACCCGAAGCAGCCCAACUUUGACUGGAACGUCGAUUCGCCGGCCCUCAAGGCUAGGCUCCGCAUGGUUGAACUCCCGACAGACGAGUCCCGCGAUCUGAGCGAGCAGUUCAUCUUCCCGAAAGAAGAUUUGUGGGUUCCCGUUGCGGUUGUCAACAGGAACGUGCAUAUCCUACCAGGAGUGCCGCUGCUCUUCCAAAAGCUGCUUGACGGACUGAAGCCCCACGUCAUCCCCAGACUGGAGGGCAAAGAAACUCACCGAAUCUUAAUCUCCACACCUCUACCUGAGAGCGAGAUAGCGGAGUACCUCACCCAGUUGGAAGCCAAGGCCAAACCUCACGGCGUCAAAGUCGGCAGCUAUCCUCGAUGGGGCCUGAAACGAAAUACAGUUACGUUGGUCGGAAAGGAUAAGGACUAUCUGGAAAGCCUUGUAGCGGAAGCAGAGGAGGCGGUUCAGGGCAAGCGUGUCUCGAAAGAAGACGAGCUCGACGAGGCGGAGAAGAAGCUCUAG